ACAUUUAAAUUAUUAAUUUUAAAAAUGCAGGAGGUUGAAAGACUUGUUGGACGUUAUCAUAAAGUUGCUAAAAAUGAUCAUGGUGAAACUGCUUACCAAGUUUUUGCUAGAGAGCACAAGGGUUUGUUUAAAGGAGCAGAGGAUUGGAAGAAACAAUUAGCGAAAUCAUAUAUAAUUGUUGGCACUCUCAUCAUCACCGUAAUGUUCGCAGCAGCUUUCACCCUUCCUGGGGGUAACAAUCAAACUGAGGGCUUUCCAAUAUUCAAAGACAAACCGGCAUUUAUGGUAUACAUAAUAUCCGAUGCAAUCUCUCUUUUUGCUGCAGCGGCCUCAGUAUUAAUAUUUUUGGGAUUACUCACAUCACGUUGCGACCUGGAAGAUUUCCCCAAAUCUAUUCCUAAUAAGUUGAUGGGUGGGCUUUCUACAUUGUUUAUAUCUCUUGCAGCAAUGAUGGUAGCAUUUUGCUCGGCUAUCUUUCUCAUGCAAGAAAACCGAUGGUGGAUUAUCAUGCCAUCUGCGUUGCUUGCAGGCAUUCCAGUCAGCUUGUCUGCGUGGUUGCAGUUUCCUUUGCUGGUUGAAAUUUAUGUUUUGACUUACAGAUCACCAAUUUUCGAGGAGAAAACAUCCUUAGCAAGCAAAAUAAAAGCGCUCUUCUGUUGGAAAGAGAAGAUUGAGUAGGUCUAGAUGAGUCUCUGUUUUAUGUUUGUCUUGGUUGCUACUCCGACUACAGCAACUUUUAAGGUUACCUUGUUAUGCUUGAGUAGGUCCAGAUGAAUCUUUGUUUGACUUAUGUUUUAUGCUUCGUUGUAAGUGAACCUCAAUUUGAUGUUGACUUUUGUUAUGCAACAGAAUUCUUGUGGUGUAAUUUUUCUGAGUUCAUAUUAGGAAAUUGGUGUUUGAUGUUGGGUGUAUGGCACUUUUUUUUUUCUAAAAAAAGGGUUCGUGGUGCUUAGCUUUUGCUCUUCAAACAUCAGUUUUGCAAAACUAGUGAUGAGGCAAAAGAAAACGCAGUAAAAAAUGUUGAAGAAAUAAUAAUUGUAACU